AUGGCCUCAUUUUUAUUUUUUUUAUUCAGCUGGUUUUUGUGUAUACUAGCAUGCUAUUUUGUGCUUCGUUCUAUAUCGAUUAAAUUAGUUCGAUUUAUUUUUGCAUUUUUUUCGUGUACACUAUUAACUUAUUUCACUACUCAAAAUGUUCCUCAAUUUCAUGCAGCUUCAAUAUUUAUAGUGUCACUAUGUUGGCUAAUGUCAAUGCAUUUAAUUGCAAUGACGACAUUUUCAAGAAAACCAUUGUUAACAUUUCAAUCAUUUUCAUUGAAAAUUCUUUGGAUUUUUUUCCCGAUUUUACCUAAAAAACCAGCAGAAAAUAGAGAUUCUCUGAUCUAUUGUAUAAUGUUAAUGUUUAUUAAAAUAUUCAUAAAUCAUUGGAUAUAUCGAUGGUCUAUUCAAUGUGAUAUGGGACUUACUCUUUCGAAAAUUUUCAUGCUUUAUUUAUCUAUAAUGACCAUAUCAUAUAUUUUCGAUGCUCAAAUGAUCAUUGUUCGAAUCGCAACUCAAGAUAAAUACACCCUAGAAUCAUAUACAGACUCUCCAAUAUUAAGUUUAUCAUUAGGAGAAUUUUGGGGUCAACGAUACAAUCGAAUUGUUCAUAAAGUGUUACGAGAAGCUAUUUUCGAACCUAUUCGAUCUGAAUUAUCAUCAUCGAAUAUUGCAGGCUUCAUGACAUUUAUUGUAAGCGGUCUUCUUCAUGUUCACGUAUGUAUUGCCGUUUUUCAAAAUACAUCAUCAGCAUUUCCAACAUUCAUGUUUUUCAUUAUCCAUGGCAUUGGUUGUUGUCUUGAAAAAAUUAUGAAAAUUAAAUUUCCUAAAUUUAUCAGAUGGAUAAUAACACAUAUAUUUAUUCUUAUUACAUCACCGUUGAUGUUUCAACCAUUUAUAGAAAAGGGAUCUCCAUUUUUAAUGCUUAAUCCGCCACUAUUCAUCGAUGUUGAAUGGACGCCAAAAUUACCUGUGCCUAAUUUUUGCCCACAAUAA